UGAUAUGAUGAUUUAACUGUUAUAUAGUUUUUUUGAGUAGUGGACACUCGUCGCGUCACUCGCGUCAUGGGGUCGCCCAAUGACGUCACUGUGACAUGGCGACUGCGCUGGCGGUGGACCUUUGCUCACCCGGAUGAUGAGAUGGAGCGAAGUUUUAUGUAUUGACGAAAAGUUUUCCUCAAAUAUUCAUUUUCCCGCGAUGGUCGAACGAUUAAUUUAAACCACAACUAUUGUUUUGAAUGGCUGCAUAAUGAAGGCCCAACUGCAGAUAACUGUUUUGUCCGCCAAGCUGCGGGAGAAUAAGAAGAACUGGUUCGGGCCCAGUCCGUAUGUGGAGGUGUGUGUGGACGGCCAGUCCAAGAAAACGGAGAAAUGUACCAACACAAACAGCCCCAAAUGGAAGCAGUCGAUCACUGUGAUCGUCUCACCUUUCAGCAAGUUAAUUUUCCGAGUUUGGAGUCAUCAGACCCUGAAGGCUGACAUUCUGCUGGGUAUGGCCGCUCUGGAAGUCAGCGAGACCCUUAAAGCCAAUAAUAUGAAGAUUUGUGAGGUCGUGCAGUCUCUGCAGUUGAGCUCGAACAGAGAGAGGUCAGAGGUGGUUGGAGAUCUCUCGGUGUGUUUGGACGGACUGCAGGUGGAUCACGAGACAUUCGCUUCUGAGGAACAAAAGCACAAUGCUAUUUUGAAUGAAGAAUUGAAUGGGAAUGUAGCAGUGAGUCGAGAUUCUUCUCCAUCCAGUGACAUCACCGAUGAUGCGUCACUGCCCAAUGGUCAUGCGGUAGGAAGUAGCGGCUCGGCCUCUCCGUCUACAGGGGCUCUGAGACCACCACGCCCACCUCGACCCCAGCGACUGCCCCCUGCCUCCCCACACAAACCUGCUUCAAUAGGGUCCUCAGCUGGCUCCACUCCUACUCACGGCAGCAGCGCUCCCAGCCCCGAGACGUCUCCGCCCGUGUGUGUGAACGGAGAAACGGAGAGCCAGGGGUCAAGCACUGGGUCAGGGACCGGGUCAAAUCAAGCCCCCAGGGCCAGUCCGACUCCCCCCGUGGCUUCUCUGAUUACUAACGGCCCUCUGCCUCCUGGGUGGGAGCAGCGAAUGGAUCUUAACGGCCGUGUUUACUAUGUCGAUCACAUUGAGAAGAGAACCUCAUGGGACCGUCCAGAACCACUUCCGCCAGGCUGGGAGCGUCGCGCAGACCCGAUGAGCCGCGUGUACUUCGUCGAUCACAUAAACAGAACCACCACGUGGCAGCGGCCCACGCUGGAGUCGGUCCGGAACUAUGAGGAGUGGCAGAACCAGCGCAGUCAGCUGCAGGGAGCCAUGCAUCGCUUUAACCAGAGAUUCAUAUACGGGCUCCAGGAACAGCUGGCGCCCACAGCUAAUAAAGAGUUUGACCCUCUGGGACCUCUGCCACAAGGAUGGGAGAAACGGACAGACAGUAAUGGCAGAAUGUAUUUUGUUCAUCACCCCACAAGAUGCACACAGUGGGAGGAUCCUCGCACGCAAGGGUUGCUGAAUGACAAACCUCUGCCGGAAGGCUGGGAGAUGAGAUUUACCGUGGACGGGAUUCCAUAUUUUGUCGACCACAACAGAAAAUCGACAACAUACAUCGAUCCGCGUACAGGGAAAUCAUCUCUCGAGAACGGCCCUCAGAUCACAUACGUGCGAGACUUCAAAGCUAAAGUGCACUACUUCCGCUUCUGGUGUCAGCAACUAGCAAUGCCCCAGCACAUUAAAAUCCAUGUGAGUCGUAAAACGCUGUUCGAGGAUUCGUUUCAACAGAUUAUGAGUUGCCAUCCGCAAGACCUGAGACGAAGACUGUGGAUCAUCUUCCCUGGGGAGGAGGGGCUUGACUAUGGAGGCGUGGCCAGGGAAUGGUUUUUCCUGCUCUCUCAUGAGGUCUUGAACCCCAUGUACUGUCUGUUUGAAUACGCCGGCAAAGACAACUACUGCCUUCAGAUAAACCCCGCCUCCUCCAUCAACCCCGACCACCUCAAAUACUUUAAGUUCAUUGGCCGAUUCAUCGCUAUGGCCCUGUUUCAUGGGAAAUUUAUAGACACCGGCUUCUCUCUGCCAUUUUACAAGCGCAUCCUGAAUAAACCUCUGGCUCUCAAAGACCUAGAAUCCAUCGAUCCGGAGUUCUACAACUCGCUCAUGUGGAUCAAGGAUAAUAGUUUAGAGGAAUGCGGCCUGGAGAUGUUUUUCUCAGUGGAUAAAGAGAUUCUGGGCGAGGUCACCACUCAUGAACUCAAACCUGAUGGAGGAAACAUUCAAGUAACAGAGGAAAAUAAAGAAGAGUAUAUCAGGUUGGUGGCUGAAUGGAGGUUGUCCAGAGGGGUUGAAGAACAGACUCUGUCGUUUCUUGAGGGUUUUAAUGAGGUGUUACCACAGCAAUACCUGCAGUACUUCGAUGCCAAAGAACUAGAGGUGAUGCUGUGUGGCAUGCAGGAGAUAGAUUUAGGAGACUGGCAGAGGAACACCAUCUACAGACAUUACGCUCGCAACAGCAAACAGAUCGUCUGGUUCUGGCAGUUUGUGAAGGAGAUCGACAAUGAGAAGCGCAUGCGUCUGCUGCAGUUUGUGACCGGCACAUGCAGACUUCCUGUUGGGGGAUUUGCAGACCUCAUGGGGAGCAAUGGGCCGCAGAAAUUCUGCAUGGAGAAAGUUGGAAAAGAAAACUGGCUGCCGAGGAGCCACACAUGCUUUAACCGCCUGGAUCUGCCGCCGUAUAAAAGCUACGAGCAGUUGAAGGAGAAGCUGCUGUUCGCCAUCGAGGAAACAGAAGGUUUCGGACAAGAGUGAGGCAGGCGCGGAAAAGCAUCCCUAACGCAUCUCCAUGACAAAACACAUGGGCUCUCACUGGCACCUCAGAGGCUUUCGCUACUCUUCAGAAGAGAAACGAGAGAUGAAUAAUGUCUCACACAGAGGAAAGUGAAGUUCAUCUCCCGUCUGUUGGCUUCGCCUUUCAUUUCAAAGUUUUUUGCGACCCACUUCUUUUGUCAUGUUACGCUGCUUUAGUCGAUGAAGAAUGAUGAAUGCGGGUGGAUUUACACUAUGCACACACUGUGUGAUCCUCAUAUAAUCUGAUGAUGACUGCAGCCCGGCUCUACUGUAAUGCACAUACAACCAACUCUAACCUUUACUUGUCAUAUAGAACUUAAAAUCAGCACGGUGUUUGUCAGAGUUGAGCUCCUCUCAGAUUUGUGUGAAUGUGAGGAGGAGGAUCUCUUGCCUAUUUUGGGAGUUACUAGUGUCUUUGUUUCCUCAAUCCCGAGAGACCUGCAAGUGCAUCAUCAUUUCAUGAGAUCUGAUUUUGAAACUCAUGUCCCAGUGCAGAAGAUCUCAAUAGUCCUAACAACAGGCUUCAUUCUUCAUUUCUAUCAUAGCCCAUAAAAUCAGUAAAAAAUAUGUUGUCUCAAAAAAUACUAAACCUCUCUUGAGGUGAAAAACUACAUGGGUAUAUAAACUGUGAUGUUUCUCUCAUUUCAGUUAAAACAAAUCUGCAGCCAGAUAUCUUGAUCUUUUUAUGACAGAUUUUAUUUGUAGUCCUAUAGACUCACAAAUCAAGAUUAAAUGCAGGAAAAUAGGA